GAAUCACAUCUGAUUACUGACUUAAGUGUUGUUUUAUAAACCAACGUGUUAUUAUCGUAAUUUCCUCAAGAGCUCACGACUGUUUACAUUUGUUCAGAACUCUGAAGCUAAGCUAAGUUAAGCUAACUGUACACAGUGUUGUGUUUGUGAUAUGAACUGCUCAAUAGUCUGAUUUUGAGGAUGUACACUUUAUUAUCGGGUCUCUACAAAUAUGUAUUUCAAAAGGACGAGUACUGCAUCCUGAUCCUGGGUCUGGACAACGCGGGAAAAACCACAUUUCUGGAACAAACAAAAACCAAAUUCAGCAGAAACUACAAGGGCAUGAACCUUUCGAAGAUCACGACUACAGUCGGUCUGAACAUCGGCACCAUUGAUUUGGGAAAAGCUUGUCUGAUGUUUUGGGAUCUUGGAGGACAAGAAGAACUCCAGUCUUUAUGGGAUAAGUACUAUGCAGAAUCUCAUGGUGUCAUCUACGUGAUCGACUCCACCGAUGAGGAGCGACUGAGCGAGUCAAAGAACGCUUUCGAGAAGAUGAUUAGCAGUGAAGUUUUGGAAGGAGUUCCUCUUCUCGUGCUGGCCAACAAACAGGACGUCGAGGUGGCGCUGUGCUCCUUCAUUUCCACAUUGAGUUGUAAUGACUGCGCUGCUUGUCUUGUUCGUCAGAACUGUCUGUCUGUGCCUGAUAUCAAGACGGUUUUCAGCGACUGUGCUCCCAGAAUCGGUAAAAGAGACUGUCUGGUGCAGCCCUGCAGUGCUUUAUCAGGGCAGGGAGUGAAUGACGGCAUUGAAUGGAUGGUCAAAUGUGUGAUCCGGAACAUUCACCGGCAUCCCAGACAGAAAGACAUCACAUAGAGCAGCUUGUGUGUGUGUGUGUGUGUGUGUGUGUGCUUUCUGUAAAUUCAGAGAGUGGAUGCAGUUAUCAUACCACAUGUAAGUUAUGAUAUAAUAUUUGGGUGAUGCUGCAGACAUUGUAAAUAUAUGCUAAACUGACACUAGUUUUGUUUCCUAAUAAGUUUUGCUAAAAUCAGUUUCAGAUUAAAUCAAUCAUUUCUAGACGGAAUGAAGAUGGCAUUUCGAGAAACGUUGUUUUUAAGACCCAACAAAUCAAAACCCGGUUUCUUAAUCACUCACCAAUUCUAUAAUAAAGAGCAGAGAUGGAAAAGAAA